CUGAGGCAGGGUUAACACGGGCGCUCAUGCGUGUCCCAGUUUACUCGAGUACCCUACCGCUCCGUGGCAAAAGAUAAGCAAGUGUUUUACCAUGUGAUGAGAUGCUAGACCACCUACAAGCACUGUAGCGGCGUCCAGUCGGAGAAAAAAACCCCCGGGUGUUUGGCGAAGACUGAAAGAGCGGGUGGAGAGAGAUGGAUUUAAGCAAAUGAUAGCUUAUUUCAUGAGAGAUGCUCCAGGAGAAGGCUUCAGCUGCGACAGAUGACGGCAUCAUGAGGACCCAGCCUGGAAGUGGAGCAGAGCCUGUCCAAAACCCCUCACACCUCAGCCUGUCUACAGCCUCCAGCAUUCCCAGCAGCCAUGAACCUGACCAGAACAUAGAAAACAUUAAAGUGGUUCUUCACGAGAGGGACUUAUGGAAGAAGUUCCACGAGUCGGGUACAGAGAUGAUCAUUACAAAAGCAGGCAGGAGGAUGUUCCCAAGCUACAAGGUUAAAGUGACAGGAAUGAACCCCAAAACCAAGUACAUUCUUCUUGCAGAUAUCGUCCCAGCUGAUGACCACCGCUACAAGUUCUGUGAUAACAAGUGGAUGGUAGCAGGUAAGGCGGAGCCCUCCAUGCCAGGCAGGCUCUACGUGCACCCUGAUUCUCCUGCCACAGGAGCUCACUGGAUGCGGCAGUUGGUGUCCUUUCAAAAACUCAAGCUCACCAACAACCAUUUGGACCCUUUCGGGCAUAUCAUCCUGAACUCAAUGCACAAGUACCAGCCCAGGCUGCACAUAGUCAAGGCAGAUGAAAACAACGCCUUUGGCUCCAAGAACACUGCUUACUGCACCCAUGUCUUCCAUGAGACAGCGUUCAUCUCGGUAACUUCCUAUCAGAACCACAAGAUCACUCAGCUGAAGAUAGAAAACAACCCAUUUGCCAAAGGGUUCCGAGGUAGUGAAGAGGGGGAUCUGCGUGUUUCAAGAUUCCAGGGGAAAGACUAUCCUGUGAUCUCAAAGAACAUGGUCCGUCAGAGGCUCAUCUCUUCACAUAGUCACUUGGCAGGGAAGCUGGGCGCUGAUGCCCUGACAGGGCAUCCUCAAGUCAUUUCCUCUUAUCAGUAUGAGGCUGGGAUUCCUUUGCCAAACUCAGACCCCCAAGAUUCUCUGUCAAACCACUUCCCCCAGCGAAGGGAUCCCAGCCUUCUCUACCACUGUUUCAAACACAGAGAUAACACCCGACACCUGGAACUGGGCUGUAAGCGACCAUAUUUGGAGACAUCGCCUGCAGUCUCAGAAGAGCAUUACUUCCGCUCACCUCCUACUUAUGAGUCUCCGCUCCUCUCUCAUUCGUAUUGCGCUGACGCAAUAAGCUCCAGAGAAGCUUGUAUGUAUGGUGGUAUGGAGACAGAGUCUGGAUCUGCAGCGGGGGACAUGGACGACCUGAAUCCUCCUGCACUGAAUUGCAACAUGUGGGCUUCAAUGCAGCCUUAUCCUCGCUACAGUGUACAGACAGUGGAAGGUGUCCCAUACCAACCCUUCACUGCUCACUUCAGUAACACUGGCACUGUCACCUCUGUGGUGCCACACCCCUCCCCAUCCAUGGCAUCACGGCCUCAGGGUGACUUAGGGGUCUACAACUCAGCUACAGUCCAGCGAGGUCUGUCGGCAAUGCCACAAUCCUCUUCCUCUUUGCCUUCCUCUCCCCCUGUCCCAGGGUCCAGAGACAGGGUAACCCACCCACCUCUGUAUCACAGAAAGCCAGGGCUACAGCUUCGGCCACACAGAGAUUUCUCAGCCUUCCCUGUGCAAACCACUAUGUCUAUCCGGGACCCUUCCUAUCAGUACCAGAUGGAGCUGAGUAGUGCAGGGGGACACUGGACUGAUAGUUAAUAUGAAAUAUUGGAGAAAACAGUUUUGUUUAAUCUCCAAAUCUGAAAUUAAUCAUGAUUCUCAAAAUGCCUUUUUUUAGAUGCCAAUGUAAAGCAAUGGUAAUGAGAUUACUCUGAAAUACACGUAUGUUGACUUGCCAACUUGUAUCCGAAGGCCAUAUGAGAUUAGAAUAAGAUAGUACAGAGUGAUCAAUAUGUCUCUGCAAUGUCGAAUCCAUGAAUUCUAACUUUGAAGCACCAUUACGUUGAAGCACUGCAUGAUAGUUGGAUGGUUUCAGAGGCUGAAGUAUCCACAUGCAUUCUUCCACAUGCACUCCAUCCAACUCCUGUCAUCCAAACUAUUAGUUGAAAUAUGCUUUGGUGUAAAAGUAAAAACACAAAUAAAAAUGAGAGAUUAAUCAUCAAAUAGAAUAGUAAUUGAAGAGACUGAAUUUGUAGGUGUGCAUUACAGCGUGCAAAGACAUUUAAAAAGUUCCCAUAAAAAAAAACAACAGUUGAAAGGCACAUUGUAAGUCCAUGCAUGUAGUUCUUGAGAAUUAAUAGUGUGUAAGGGGAUACAACACUUAACUCCAAAUCCAUCAUUCCAAAUAGCAUUCUAAGGGACAGCAAAAUAUCUUAGGCAAACCAGAUAGGAGCUCAACAUAAUGUUGUGUAGCUGCACACAAGCCCCAGCCCCAAUCAACUGCAAAUGCAAAACAUCCCAAGCGGCUGGGAACGACGGAUAAAAGACUGCAGAACAUUUGGCCACAUUUUAGGUUAUGCUGACCAGGAGGGACGAUUCCAGAGAAAUCAUGAUCCAUUGUGCCCGAUGUGAAUUACCCCUUUAUUUUACGAGUGAAUUCAAUAUAACAUUUUUUUUAAUACAUCAGCAUUUCUGCAUGACUGAAA